CCACCACUGCUGUUCCAUCACUAGACGAGCCAUCAAUCCAGUGCUUAAUGGUGGUAUCGUUGCUGCUGCUUUAGGCCUUUCUAUGGCUUCCGAUUGGGGAGUCCUUUGGAAUCAGGAGGCUAGCGGUAGCUGCAGUAUGCGAGCGUCAGCCUUGCCAAUGUUCGAAGCUUCUUGACCUAUCCUCUUUCGCAUGGACCUCUGACUCAAUCGCGUCAUUUGGGGGGCGUUCUCCGUUCCUCCGUCGCGUAUUUCCUCAAGUCGUUGCGUCUUGUGAUAGCAUCGCAGCGCCUUACCAACAGAACUCCGCUGUUUGUGGCGCUUCGCUUGGCUUGCCUUUCGUUGACGCGGCGUGCCGACCAGGACGCAAGACAGCAAAGAGCGAGCGAAAGAGCAAGCUGCAGCGGCCAUGGAGACCGACGGCUUAUCGCCGGCUCUCCUAACAUUCCGCGUGUCCCUCGUCGAAACCCUCGAGGCGUAUCUCGGCAAGGAGACGAUGCAGCCGUUCGUGAGUGCGGACGACCAUGCCAGGCCGGCCAAGAUUCGCCGAACCAAGGGGUUAGCACCGGUGGGGGGCUUCGGGUCCGCUGCGCGCGGCACGUUGCCUCAGAGCGAUCAGUUUCCGCUGGAGUUCAACCACCUGCUCGCCACCGCCACCUUCGCUGAGCCUGAGGACGUGGCGGCAGUGGUGGAGUCUCUCUUCGCCUCGCUCCUUCUCAACUGCUGCACGCAGCCCUUCCAGGUUGACUUCCUCCUCUCGGUCCUCCCAAGCCUCGCUGCCUCCCGCGCUCUCUCCUGGUCCUCCUUCCUCCCUACCCUCUUCUCCCUCCUCCUCUCCCGCUAUCCCACCAUCUCACUCAGACAACUCCCCGGGACGCAUCACGCCCUCAUUACCCCCGCCUCCUCCUCCUCCUCGCCCCAACCCUCACCAGCAGCAGCCGGGGCUGCGGGCAACGCGUCAGCAGCUGCUGGUCCUGCUGCUGCCGCUGCGACUCCUGGCUCUGGCGCUACUGGCGCCCUUCCCCCUCUCGCGCCCACUGCUGGCGGGGCAGUAGAAGCAGGAGGCAGUCUGCUGCCGGGCUUGUCUAAGCCCAGUUCCUCUAAUCCGUCCAGGCCGGGAGGACUAGGGCCUGCAGGCGGGCGGGAGACAGACAGCGUUAGAGGCCGGGAAGGCACAGGAGGGAGGCAAAGCCCUUUUGCUGGAGCUGGCCCGUUGUCUCCCUGGGGUAGACACGGUGGGAAGGGCCCCUGGGGUGUUGGACGGUUCACGCAGGGUGGGGGGAAGGGGCGCGCGGUCGGGGGAGGGUGGGAGGCGGAGUGUGGUGUUCCGUGGUGGGUGAAGGGGAUGGUGUGUAAGGUGAUUGAAGCAGCAGCAGAGUCCCACGACCUCAAGGCCCUCCCCGCCCUCGCGUCUCUGCAGCUGCUGCUCACGUGGCUGCUGGAAGACCUCGCUGAAAGGGCGGCGGCUGCUGCUGCCACUGACGCUGCAGCCUCUGCCUUAGCUGCUGGGCAUGCUGCAAGGCUGCCGGCCUCAGCAGCAGUGCUGGCCACAGAAGAGAUCCCAGACAGGUUAGCAGUCUCUUUACACAGAGCAGCAGUGGCAACGCCAGCAGGAGGACGAGGAGCGGCUGGUGGAAACGCGGGUGGGGCUGCAGGGGGCACCAGUGGGGCGGCAGGGGGCGCCAGUGGUUGGAGUGCGGGCUUCUCCCUUGUGGCGUGCCAGGCUGCCAGCCAGAGACGCAGAGGGGCGUUUGGCCCUGGAGGGGGGAAGCGGGGACGAGCAGGCGCGGCAGGAGCGGGUAGAGCGGCGCAGGAAUGGCUGGUGGUGUGCGUGCGGGUGGUGGAGCGGUUAGUAGACGACGGCACAUGCCACGUGCCUGUGUGCACGCUGAUUCAAGCGCUGGACCCGUACCAGCUCCAUCUGCUCGCCUCGUUCUCCCCGCCGCACCCUGCCCGCGCUCUGGCGUGCCGGGUGGCAGCGCGCAGGGAGGCCGUGGUGGGGUAUCUGCGCUUCCUAGACGACCCCCUGCUCUGCCCCUCCUUCACCUCCACUGCCCGCCCCCCUGUCUUCACCUUCCGGUCGUUCCUGGGGGAGCAGGUGUAUGGCCAGGAGGCGGCGGAGCAGGUGGUGCCGCGCUCCAGUGACUGGGCUCGUGCUGUGCGCUGUCUGCGUCAGGCCCUGCACAGCAACCCCAACUCAGACUGGUGGCGCCGAGUGCUGCUGCUCGCGCCCUGCUUCCGCCCCCUCCAAUACCCCAACCCCGCUGCCGCUGCCGCAGCUGCUGCAGCAGCCAAGGGAGGAGCUGCAGCAGCAGCAGCAGGGGCGGCGGCUGCUGGUGCUGCUGGUGGUUCUGGUGUAGGGGGGGCAGGUGGGGCAGCAGGGGGGGGAGCAGGAGGAGCAGGGGGGAACAGUAUUGCAGGAGGUGGCAGCAUUGGAGGGGUAGCAGCAGUGUCAGGCGCUCAAGGGAGCGGGAUGGGUGCGGCAGGAGCAGCAGCAGGCGUCACUCCCACUGGUGCUGGAGCGUCUGGUCCGUCCCCCACAGCAGCAGCAGCUGCAGCAGCCGCGGCGGCGGCAGCAGCGGCAGCAGCAGCAGCGACACUGCCUGUGGUGGGGGGGGGUCAGCUGCCGUUUCUGAGCUCCACUCUUUCCCACGCCAUGCCUCAGUUCUCGUCUGGCAUGUUGUGUGAGGCGCUCAUAGACCACAUCUCCGAGCUCCUCACUCUCUCUGCUGCCGCCUCUGCCGCAGCUGCUGCUGCUGCAAACGCCCCUGGCGAGGUGGGGUGGGUGGACAGUGCAGGAGUGCCGGUGGACAGUGAGGCGCCGGCGGCGGGGCUGUGGCAGCAGUGGCUGGUGCUGGCGGACAUAUUUUACUUUGUCGUGCGCAACGGCUUUGUUGACUUUGUGGACUUUGUCAACCGCUGCUCCACGCGCUUCCCGCCCUCCGCCCCGCCGCCCACCAACCACGUCACGUGGCUGAUAGCGCAGGUGUUCCGCCUGGACAACGUGGCGUCUGUACUGAGUGCUGACCCCAACAUGCUGGCGACGGUGCGCAAGAUAGUGGCGCUGCAGGUGACGGAGCGUGCAGGUGUGAGGGGGUCGGGCGCGGGCGUGUUGCUGGAGUACAUCGGGAGUGUGCAGAUCCUGCGCCUGUGGAACCUGCAGAAGAGCAUCAAGGACAGCCUGGACGAGGCGCGCCUCGCGGACUACAAGCAGCAGGGCAAGGUGCUCGACGAGUUCUGGAGGAAGAUCAACAAAGACGAGUUGCGGCUGCAGUACGACCACCUGGACGACCACAGCACGGGCAUGGUGUGGGUGCUCAGCCACACCAUGAGCCACCCCGUCACAGAAGCGCUCUUCAAGUGGCUUACCGCCCCUGGCGUGAAGGACAUGGGCGGGGGCAUGCGCAUGUGGAACGAGGCGCGGCUGCUGCCCACGAGUCUGCUGCAGGGGCUGUCGCUGCAGGUGGCGCAGCGCCUCGCAGCCACGCUGCAGGAACUCAUUGCCAAGGCCCAUGAGAACGGCUUCCCCAGCAUUGCGAUGGUGGAGACGUUUGCCCGGCUGCUGCUGGUGGCGCCACACACGCUCAACCAGACCCAGACCAUCCACCCGCCACACACCUUCCUGCAGACCAACACCCGCCAGCACAUCCUCCAGGCGUCUCUGGAGAAGUACGUGCCGGGGGAGUCCAACAACGCAGUGCCGCUGCUGCUGCUCGAACUCAUCAACUACCGCCUCAUCCCCUUCUUCAGGUACCACGGCAAGAUGCGGGGGCUGAUUCUGGACCUGGCGAAGAUCCUGAUAAAGGUGAAGGUCGUGGCGGGGCAGCACCGGCUGUACCGCCUGGCAGAGAACACGGCCAUCAACCUCAUCAUGUCGCUCAAGGAGGUCAUGCUCGUCAAAAAGGACUCCAAGAACGCAGCCACAGAGUUCUCGGAGACGCUGAACCGUGUGAUGGUGCUGAAUCUGGCGAUCACGAUGAAGACGCGGGGCAUCCACGAGUUUGAGCAGAUCGUGGUGCUCAUGCCGGCGCUGGACCAGAUGCUGGCCGCGUCCACGCACCGCUGGAGCGAGAAGACCCUGCGCUACUUCCCCCCGCUGCUGCGCGACACACUCUCCAAGAGGCCGGAUUGCCGCGGCCAGCUGCUGCAGGAAUGGAUGCAGGUGGAGCAGCUGCUGCGGCAGCGGCAGCUGCUGCCAGCGCAGGGGGCGCAGCGCGCGGCAGCGGCAGCGGCGGCGGACCCGAUGGCGGCGCUGAACCUGCUGGCGCAGCUGCCCCCGCACCUGCGCCACCUGCUCUGCGCCGCCGCCUGGAUCCUGCACGACGCCUCGCCCGGCUCCGUCAACCUGCAACACCUGGGUCUCAUGCUGAGGGACAUGUCGCCGCACGAUGUGACUCGCAAUGUGUAUGCGCUGGUGGACGUGCUCCUGCACCACGUGCAGGUGCAAGUGAAGCAGCGCACGCAGCUGAAGCAGAUCCUCCUAGCCGCCUCAGCCGCACUCGCCGACUGGAUCUUCGUGAAAGAGCUCCUCCCCGCCGACAUCGUCCUCCUCGCUCUAGCGGACCGUGACGAUGGCUCCCCCAACAGCCUGCGCCUGGUGGUGGGGCUGCUCAUGGACCGCCCCGAGCUGCAGAAGCGCGUGGCGGCGUACUGCGAGGCGCGCGGCCAGCAGGAGCACUGGACCGAGGUGGGGCCAUUCCGCACGGUGGACCCGCUGGAGGCGCUGGGGAGCAACCUCAUGGGGAAUGACAAGCAGCCGGUGUUCUUUGACCACAUGGUGCUGCGGGUGGUGCCAGUGGUGGCCCUCAUAGUGCACCGCCUCAUCGAGAACGACGCCAUGGAGACGGCCGACCGUCUGCUCGCGCUCUACAGCACGCCGCCCAAGCACUUGUUGACCUACCACCCGUCGCGCUUCGCGUUUGUGCGCGACACCCUCGCGUACUUUUAUCCGGCGCUGCCCAACCAGCUCGUCAUCCGCCUGCUCAGCAUCCUCGACCUCACCCGGAUUCCCUUCGCAGAGGCCUUCCUACGGCAGAUGGACCCCUCUCUCUCCUCCACCGUCGACCUCCCCCCCCUCUCCUACUUCCUCCACCUCCUAGAAACCCUUUGCCUGCACAUCAUCCCCUCUCUCCCCGCCCCUCUCCCUGCCGCCUCCGCCCCGUCCCCCUUCGCCCCUCUCUCUCCCUUGGACUAUUUCCACUCCAUCACCUCUCCCCCUCCCGCGCCUCCCGUCCAGCCUGUUCAAAUCCCAGGGCUAGGGUCUUUCUCACUGUCCUCCCUCUCCCCUUCGUCUCCCCUCCCUACUGCCCUCACCCUCCGAUCCCCGCCCUUCUAUGAGCACCUAGACACAGGAGGGUUCGCACAGCUAGUGCUUGAAACUGCCGUGCUAGAAAUCCUCUCCCUCCCUCUCCCCCCUCCGGGUAACUCCCCUAUGGAGAUCCUCCGUGCUCUGCUUGCUGCUGUGUCCUUCCCUCCCCUCCACCCCAACGCGGUUGAAGCCUCUGCUGCUGCUGCUUCUGUGGCCGCGGCCGCAGCAACAGGGGACGGAGGGGGGAAGGGGGCUGGAGGAGGGGUAAGGGCAGGGGAGGGCGAUGGGGCAGGGGGGGAGAUGGAUCCAAUGAUGGUGGAUGGGGGGGAGAUGCUUGAUGACAUCAAGGAGGUUACGGUGUUACCACCCAGGGAGAUGUGGCCGCUCCUGCCACAAGCCCUGGGGUUGCUCCUGGCGAAUCUGCCCCCUGUGUUCCAGUCCACGCUGUACACUAUCAUCGCCCAGAAGGUGAUUGAGUUCCUGCCGGCCGCUGCUGCCAACGCCCCUCCUGCACCUGCCGCCUCUGCUGCUGCUGCUGCUGCAGCUGGUGCUGCUGCUGCUGGUGCUUCAGGUGCUGCUUCUGGGGCUGCGGCUGCUGCUGCUAUGGGCACUGCCGCGGCUGCUGGUGCUGCGGGUGCGGCUGCUGGAGAUGGUGCGGGAGGAGGGGGUGGGGCUGGAGGGGCGGGGGAAGGGGAGGGUGAGGAGGGGCAGGUGGAUGAGGUGGGAGCGGGGUCACGGCUGGUGGACAUGCUGCUCAUGGACCCCUCAUGGGCCAUUGGCAAUGCCACCUGCACUGAGCUCAGUGUGUGGACAGCAGCGGUGCACGCAAUGAUGUACGCGCUGCCCUUUGACCGCAUUGAGGGCGCCCACGCCCUGCUCGUGCUGCAGCGCCCCAUCCGCUCGCCCGCCCACCUGCGCCUCGUCUUCCGCCUCGUGGCGCCCAUCCUGCCGCGCACCCCCAUCUCCAAGUCACUCUUCGCCAAGACCAUAGCGCUGCUGUUCUCAGCGAUAGCAGAUGUGUUUGGAGUGAAUUCAUCACCGCAAGUGACAGGGCCGGCCUCAUCCAUAACUGACGUCAUCGACUUUAUGCACCACGCGCUCCUCCUAGAGGGAGGCAUGCCGACCCUGGCAAAUCGGCGGCCCAAGCCGGAGACUCUGCAGCUGUGCGCCAAGGCCGUGGAGCGCCUGAGGGAGGACGUGCGCCUGCCGUUCCGCCACCUCUGCAUCGACCCCUCGCUCUCCGUCUACGCCGCCACACACCCCAAGCUCACCCGCUCUGCUGCUGCUGCUGCUGCUGCUGCGGCUGCUGGUGGUGCUGGUGGUUCUGCUGCUGCAGCGGGUGGAAUGGGUACAGCCGGUGGUCUUGCUCGUACUGUUUCUGCAGCUGCAGCUGCAGUUUCGGCUGCUGCUCCAGGGGGCGUUCCCAAUGCCACUGGCGGCGUGCCACUUGCUGCUUCUGCUUCCCGCUCUGCUGCAGCCGCUGCCCUGGACUCUGCUGUGGCUCCCACUGCAGCCAUGGCAGGGCCGGCAGCAGGGGGAGCAGGAGCAGCAGGAGGGGCAGGGAUGAGAGUGGGCCAUGCGGGGUUGGGAGGAGGGGAGAGUGUGUCCAUGGUAGGGCAAGUGAACGCGAUGGGUGCUGGUAUGGGGAUGAACCCCAGUGGAAGUGCUGCUGGUGGAGCGCUUGGCUUGGCUAGGCAGGGCUCGUACAUGUCAAAAUAGCAGUGAGAUUAAUGUACCGUACCUUGUUUCUUUGCAAUAAAAAGGCGGUAUUCGUUGUGGCAGCUACAUCCUCUUGAGAGGCGGUACUAGUUGAGGUACCG